UGUUACAGCCGAUCUAUUAUUGUUGUUAACAGCAAUGGUGUCUGGCCUGGCGUGGCUCUAGGCCCAGUUUGAUGAUGUUUGCUUCGCUUAGAUCAAGGUUGCAGGAAAAAUUAUUAAAAGACACCGCAAACUCAUAAUAUGAAACAUUUAGACCACGACGGUGCUUGUUAACACAACCAAUUUAAACGUUUUUUUUUUUUUUUUAUUACUUUUCGGUUUUUCGGUUUCGUUAAGAAAACCUAAGAAAAAAAAAAACAAAAGAAGAAAAACGGUUCUCUUCACUCUUCUAAUAACUUUUAAGACGGAUUUAACGGGAACGCGUUUUAAAGAAGGUGUAGUGACUAUUAAAUUAUAUAUGUAUGUGUGUGCAUAUGAAAGUGUAGUGCUAUUAAAUGGCUAAGAAAAAUAGAAAAGGAACGAAUCUUAUUUAUUUAAACUGAGUUGCAAUUCAAAACUGGAGUCUGUCUAUAUAUUAUAUCAUAUAUCAUACGAACACGAUAAACCAAAUAAAAAGAAAUUUUAAAAUUAUUUGUCCCUGAUUUCAAAGCUACGAAAAAAGAGAAACAAAAUUUACAAUUACAUGAAUAAGUUACGAAUUAAUUAGACGUAGAAAUUAUUAGGUUAUAAAAACAAAUUCUCUCAAGCUUUUCGCUUAGCUUAUAAGAAAAUCCGUAUAAGAAAAAAAACCGUAUUUCAAGGAAAUUUUUGCGAAAAAGAAUUAACCGCAACAUGGAUAUGCACUGUUUAUUGGCGUUAGGUUCUUUGCUAGUACUAACGUUAGCUUGCUCUCACAACGUUGCAAUGAGUCAUAGCGAUUAUCCAGGUGUUAUAGAAUUGGUGGGCUAUAGUAAUCGCAGGGCUCGAACUUAUUAUAAACCCACUCAAGAGCAAUUACCACCCGCUUCGGCUAAGAUACAAGCAGACAUUGAGACAGUCAAGCAAAAUAUUGAGAAAUAUAAUAAACUUUUAACAUUGGACACGAAAAACUUGCCCGAAUCUCAAAAGGAUAUGUUGGAACGUAUAGUGGAACGUGUAGCUCGUCUGAAAGAGUCUUUGGAUAUAAAUGAGAAAUUAACGCAGGUACUAAACAAAACACAGCCGAUGAUAGCGACUAAAACUUUAGAGGAUAAUGAGAACUCGACCGCAAAUCCCACCGAUACGAGUAGCGCUUUACUAGAGGAGGAUCAAGAUAAAACUGAGCCUACAUUAAUUUUGGAUGUGACAACUUUACAGCAGCUGCAAACAUCUAUGGAUAAGCUGGAGGCAGUGCAAGGCGCUGUUAGUUCAUACACCUCGCAGCAAUUGCGGGAAGGCCCUACAACGACUGAGCUAAGUUAUGAAACCGAAAGCGAUCAAGAGUCUACCGAAGCGGAACAAGAUGAUGAAUACAAUGUAUUUGAAUCAACCACUUUAGAGCCUCUAACUGAUACCACGGCCAAUGAUGAGCAAUUUGUGGCGGCCAGAGCUAAUAAUAAUUUAGCAAUUACCGCUGCCUCAGACGAUACUGAUACUGUACCUACGUUUAGUACUACGUUGGGAAGUCAACGUACUUUAACCACUAGCAGCGGUACAAAGAUUACUAAAACUAGGGCCACGAAAAGGCCUGGGCACAGUUCAACCAAGAAUUCGCAUACAAUUUCCUCAAACAAACGUAAACCAGUAACGUCAUCUUCGGCGUCACUAUCUUCGGCUUCGGCAGCUUAUGCGAAAGCUUCCAAUAAACAUAAUAACAAAUUGCCUUCAACCACAGUAACACAGUCCAUAUCAUCAUCCAUGCAACAGCAUCAACAACAGCAACAACACUAUCAACAUAGGAUUACCCAAAAACCUCUGCCGCCAAUCUAUCAAUCUCAGCCGCCCAAAGCAAUAUCAUCCUCAUCACUUGCUACAGAUAAAUAUAGUACAUCAUCAUCGUCUGCUACAUCAGCCACGAAUGGUCUAACGGUUGAUAAUAAUGCAGUCAUCGGCAGCUCUUCCACCUCUGCCACUACCUAUCCUGACACAAAUUUACCAGCCACUCCAGUCUUAGGUACCGGUUAUAGUUCGGCAAAUUCACAAAAUUUCGUGUACGAUAACCAUGUUAAUACUUCAGCCAUAAUUUAUAGUUUAAAUAAUGCUCGUGAGGAAUUCUAUCAUCAAAAGCAAACGAAUCUGGCCAAUCUUGGUGCCAGUAACAAAGAUGAGAAACCUACGGUCGGCGGUGGUAAACCAACAAAAUAUCACUAUUAUCCGCACAAUCAACACAUUUAUAUGUUGCCCGAAUGUGCGAUACAACAAGUCUGUAAUGCGGUCUAUGUGCGUUUAAAUUAUACACAGCCACUGUGCGCUUGUCCAUCAAGAUAUCGUGAUCCUUGCUCCGCCAGUUUAAAUGAAGAUGAUCAGCAUACCACUAAAUUAGUGGGUGACAUUAAAAAAAAAGCAAUUACUUUGGCUAAAACCUGUGAGGCAACAACAGAAAUGCGAGAAUGCCGUACACCUAAGGAUUGGUCGUUACUAGCAUUACAGAACACCCGCACGGGCAAAUCGCAUUAUUUGGUUAUUUGUAGAUGUCCGGAUCACUUUAAAUUAGAUGGUCCGAUGGCUCACGAUCAAAAUACUUAUGCCAGUGUUCCAGGUAUACGUGUUUUUGGUAUGAUGUGUGUUAAACCGGGCUAUUCAAUACGCAAGCCAUCCGCCCAACCACCUAAACGUUAUCAAUUGCAAAAACCUUUUUAUAGGCCUGGCAGUCAAACCUCUUCCAACCUGUAUGGCAGUAAUAAAGAUGUUUUUAAUCGUCCCUCCUACGGUGGAAUAAGCUCAUCGCUUGGUUCUCACUACCACAGCAUUGACAACUAUGGCAUACAGUCGCCUCAACAGAGCAGCUACCAAUAUUUGAAUCGUCCGGAAAGCACAAUAAAUACCAACUAUCCCAGUCAAUAUCAAUCGCGGCCAGAUCCGAUUUCGAUAAAUAAUUUCCCAGGCGGCAGCUACGGCCGAAACAGGGAACGUGAAGGCAAUUUACCGAUUGAAGCAGCGACCGAAUUAGACGAAAAUAAAAUUUUAAUUAGCACCAGUACCCAGGCUAACAACGAGGAGUCACGAACAACAGUAAUCGAUCAAGAUGAUAUACCGAUUGACGAUUUAGAGAGACGCGAAAAGAGAUCAAUAAUCGAAGAAAUUGAAGGUGAUAUAUCUUGGAACGAUAUGCCAGAAUUUCCUUGGGAACGUGUUAAAGAAUUUGAAAAAAAUAUAGUAUGGGGCUAGAGUUACAAAAACAAACAAUAGAAAAGUAUUUAUAAAGAGAGAGAUCGGUGAUAGAGAUAGAAAUUUAAUCUAUAAGUUAAAAAAAAAAAAAAGAAGAGAUUUGAAAAUACACGCAAAAUGCGACUUUUACUACUCUUGACUGAAAAAUCGGAAUAUAAUAAACAAAUUAUCAAUAAACUAAACGGAAAG